AGCACUGCCAGAUUCGAGCCGCCCAGGGAGAAAACGUAGCGAGGAGACUGAAAGAUGGAUAGAUGGAAGACACUAGAGAGUGUGCGCUAUAGUCGUACAAUGGGUCUGACGUCUAAAUCGCAUCAUGGCGGAGGAGAGCCCGGAGACAGAUGGCCCCAGAUCCUCCAUGCCGGCUGAGCUCCACCAUCCCCACUCUAAGUACUCUCAGUGGAAAUUUAAACUGUUUAGGGUGAAGUCCAUGGAGAAGGCCCCUCUGCCCAGUGAGACACAGCCUGAGGAUGGAGCCUUGUUAAGGAUCUCACCUCCUGCAGCUCCAAAUAUAGACUUAGAUAAUGGUGCAGGUCCAGGGAGUGUUAUGAAAUUGUGCCUAGGGGGAAAAACCAAGGAAAAUGUGGAGGGCCCUGGCCACAGGAUAGAUAUGAAGCUACAGGAAAUGGAGACCCACAUGAACCACCUCAGGGGCUUGUGUCGUCUCUGUGGAAAGGUCCUGAGAAAAGUCAAAGGACCUGUGCACGAUGUUCAAGGGGAUCUGGACGAGGUCACCAAAAGCGCCCUUCGUAAAAUGAACUGCAAGUUCCUCAGCUGGCCAGAGAUCAUCCUCAAAGUCUUCAAAGUGGAUGUGACAGAAGACAUAGAAUCCGUCCACCCUCUAUCCUUCUGCCAUCGCUGCUGGGUGAUUGCCAUACGAGGAGGAGGCGUCUGCAGCUUCUCCAAAACAAGUGUCCCCGAGUGGAAUCCCCACUCUUCCCCCUGCCACCUUUGCUCCCCCAAAAAACCUUCAUUCAAGCGGACUGGGAGGAAGAGGAGGUUAGCCAUUCCCAGAGCCCAGAGGCUGGCAAAAAGAAGCAGGAGAGACCACGGCGACAGCACCGCGGGUGGUGAGAGGAGGGCUCUGAGACAAUUCGCCGACUAUUAUCACGGUCCUGUGCUCAGGGGGUGGAGAAAACCUACCAUCCAGAGAGAGCAAUGGGUGAGGAACAUCACCCACUGCCAGAAAGACCACCUGAAUACCAAGCUGAUCUCUGAGAAGCUCCCUGUUGACUUCCUCUUUUCUUUCACCUGCCUGGUGUGUGACCACCUGCUCUCUGAUCCAGUCCAGUCCCCCUGUGGGCACCUCUUCUGCCGCAGCUGCAUUAUAAAAUACAUCCACAUCCUGGGACCUCACUGCCCGGCCUGCAACUUGUCCUGCACCCCCGAUGAUCUCAGUCUGCCUGCCAAAGCCUUCUUAUCAGCCCUACAUUCCCUGCCUCUGCUCUGCCCCAAGAGCGGCUGUGGCAAGCAGGUAAGGCUAGACUCAUUUAAAACUCAUUGUCUGGGCCAUGAGCUGGGUGAGCAGGACACAAAGCAGCAGUCAUCAGACCUUGACAACUACCUGCUAACCAAUAAAGGGGGAAGACCCCGUCAGCACCUGCUAUCGCUAACCCGCCGUGCCCAGAAGCAUCGGCUCAGGGAUAUGAAGAACCAGCUGAAGGCGUUUGCAGACAGAGAGGAAGGUGGCGACCUCAAGUCUGUGUGUCAGACUCUGUUUCUGCUCUCGCUGAGGUCUGCGAAUGAACACCGGCAGGCGGACGAGCUGGAGGCCUUGAUGCAAGGCAGAGGCUUUGGGUUGCAUCCUGCUGUGUGCUUGGCCAUUCGGGUCAACACUUUCCUGAGCUGCAGCCAGUAUCACAAGAUGUACCGGACUGUCAAAGCCACCAGCGGCCGCCAGAUCUUUCAGCCCCUGCACACCCUGCGAGCCGCAGAGAAGGAGCUUCUCCCUGGCUUUCACCAGUUUGAAUGGCAGCCGGCUCUCAAAAAUGUGUCCACAUCGUGCAAUGUUGGCAUUAUUAAUGGGCUCUCUGGAUGGGCUUCCUCGGUGGAUGACAUCCCAGCUGACACCAUCACUCGACGGUUUCGCUAUGAUGUGGCACUGGUGUCAGCAUUAAAGGAUCUGGAGGAGGACAUCAUGGAUGGGCUGAGAGAGCGUGGGAUGGAAGACAGUACUUGCACCUCAGGCUUCAGUGUCAUGAUCAAGGAAUCCUGUGAUGGCAUGGGCGAUGUCAGCGAGAAGCACGGUGGAGGACCAAUUGUUCCUGAGAAGGCUGUGCGUUUCUCUUUCACUGUUAUGUCUGUCUCUGUCCUGGUAGACGAGCGGGAGAAAGAGGUUACUAUCUUCACUGAGCCAAAGCCAAACUCAGAGAUGUCCUGUAAGCCCCUUUGCCUGAUGUUUGUGGAUGAGUCAGACCACGAGACACUAACAGCCGUCCUGGGGCCUAUAGUUGCGGAGCGUAAUGCAAUGAAAGAGAGCAGGCUCAUUCUAUCCGUGGGCGGACUCCCUCGCUCCUUCCGCUUUCACUUCAGAGGCACAGGAUAUGAUGAGAAGAUGGUGCGCGAGAUGGAGGGCCUCGAGGCCUCAGGGUCCACCUAUGUCUGCACUCUUUGUGACUCCACUCGGGCAGAGGCCUCCCAAAACAUGGUGCUCCACUCCAUCACUCGCAGUCAUGAUGAGAACCUAGACCGUUAUGAAAUAUGGAGAACCAAUCCUUUUUCUGAGUCUGCAGAUGAGCUGCGAGACAGAGUCAAAGGAGUCUCUGCCAAGCCCUUCAUGGAGACCCAGCCCACGCUGGAUGCAUUACACUGCGACAUCGGCAAUGCAGCAGAGUUCUACAAAAUCUUCCAGGACGAGAUAGGGGAGGUGUACCAAAAGGUCAACCCCAGCCGGGAGGAGCGGCGCAGCUGGAGGGCAGCCCUAGAUAAACAGCUGAGGAAGAAGCUGAAGCUCAAACCGGUGAUGAGGAUGAAUGGGAACUACGCCCGCAGGCUAAUGACCCAGGAGACUGUGGAGGUGGUGUGUGAGCUGGUGCCCUCGGAGGAGAGGAGGGAGGCCCUGAGGGAGCUCAUGAGGAUCUACCUCCAGAUGAAGCCCGUGUGGCGCGCCACCUGCCCUGCCAAGGAGUGCCCCGACCAGCUGUGCCGCUACAGUUUUAACUCCCAGCGCUUCGCCGACCUUCUCUCCUCUACCUUCAAAUACAGGUACAACGGUAAAAUAACCAAUUACCUGCACAAGACCCUGGCCCAUGUGCCUGAGAUCAUAGAGAGAGAAGGAUCCAUAGGAGCCUGGGCCAGCGAGGGGAACGAGUCGGCGAACAAACUGUUCAGGCGCUUCCGGAAGAUGAACGCACGUCAGUCAAAGGCGUUUGAGCUUGAGGACGUGUUGAAACAUCACUGGCUCUACACCUCAAAGUGCCUGCAGAAGUUUAUGGAAGCUCACAAGGACUCUGCCAAAGCUCUGCAAGCUACUAUUGACCCAAUAGAGAGCCAGGAUUAUGAGGACAUGUCUCUGGAAGACAAUGACUUUUGAUUUUUCUCAAGAUAGUUGUGUAAUAUUUGAGUUGCCUCCAUCAGUGAUAUGGACUUGUUUACAAAUAUACCCAUUCACUGAUAUUUAGAAUAAUGAGGGAGUGGAGUUUAUGGACUUGAAGCCAAGUUUUCUACAUUUUUUUUUUGUAUUUUGUUGUGAUUAAAUGAAUUUUGCAAAUUUAAACCAACAUCAUCCUUUAUGUUUGGACUUUACAAAAAUAAAAAAACAAUUUCUUGUACUCAGACAGAGUAAUUUCCAAACAUUUAUAGAAAUAAUCUUUUUUAAAUGUGUGUUUCACUUGUUUAGUAUUUUUAUAUUUGUAUUGCCUUUUUAUAAACAUCUAACUUUGCCUUGCUUUGUUGCUACACUGCUCCAGCACAAAGAUGGGACAGCAGAGGAAUAGAGAAGCAACACGCAGGUUUCUUUUCUCUUGCUCUUAGCAGGAAAGUUCUUCUUUUUUUUUUUUAUCUUCACCGUCUGUGAAAUAUGGCGCAGUUUAUUGUAUUGCAAGGAUGUGACACAUUUAUGAAUUUAUAUAGAGCGGAUAUUUAUAGAAACAGAUGAAAGUGCUGUAAGUCAUGGAGGGAAAUUGUGUUAAAAAGACCACAUUUGUGGCCACUGUAUUAAUAUAUCAUUUGAGCUGGAACAAAAUGCAAUCACAGAGACCCAAAUGUUCUUUGUUUCAUGAGUGCCCUCUGAAAAAGAUUACUUUAGUGCUUUAUCGUGGGAUCCCUGAGGGGCAGAAUAGAUGCCAGGUCACUUUGAACCAAUUUUUAUCUCUUUUAGUUUUUGCACAGUAGAGGAUAGAUGAUACUUAUUCGAAUUCUUCACAUAAAAUAAAGCAUAUACUGACCUUUUUGUUGAUAUCAUAAAAAUACAGUAUGGUCCAUUACGAAGCCUAAUACCCCAUGGACUCUCCAGCAGGCAGGGAUUUUUCUUAAGUUCUGUAUAUAACCUGGCUCUUUCUCCCUGCUGAUAUUUCUUCAUUGCCACGGUUGACAGAGGAGAGGGAUGAGCGGGAGCUCGAGAGACUGGAUGUAAACUGAUUUGUUGGCAACUUUAUUUGUUUGAUUGAUUGAUUAUAUUGUCUUUUUUCUGCCCUCGCCAUUUUGAAUUGUGACAGGCAAUUUUGUUUUCCUAUUUGAUUGAAUGUUUGAUUUUAUUUUACUGUCAUAAGUUUAAGCAUAUGACAGCGGUGAAAUAUUCACAUUUCAUUCCAUAGUUGUCACUUUCCUACAAUACUGUCAUGUUUUAGAGUGCAACUUGUCUCAUAUUUGUUGUGUUUUUCUGCCAUAAUGAAUUGCAUCUCCAAAGUAAUGGAUGAUGGAUGAUUCACGAAAUUCCACUUGUUCACUCUUCUGCGAGAAUUUCCGCAUUUUUUUGUUUCCAUAUUACACUAAAUAUCAGGCAAACUGUUUCAGAUGUCAUUUACUUUGCAUACUAGUACUGUAUUACACUGAGGCUCCACUACUUUUUACAUUUUAAAGACUAUACAGUAUUCACACAUUUGUGCUGUAUUUCCAUUGAAGCAGAAAACUUACAAUGUUUUUGAUGA